AUGGCGGAAGUUGUAAAGCAGUUUCCUGUAGAGAAGGAGUACGAAAAGAACCCAGAUAUUACACCAGAGGACAUACGGAAGUUGAGAGAGUGGCUGAAGGCACAGCCACAUUUGCCCGGGGAGCACUUAGACGAUCUGGAUCUGGUGAUUAUAUUUCACUGUUGCGAUAACAGUGCCGAGGUUUCUAAACAGGUACUGGACCUGCACUUCACACUGAGGACCCUGAUCACCGCUUUCUUUAAGGGACGGGAAGUCAAUCAAAGGGUGGAGCAGUCCUUGUACACUGUUCUUUUUGCUCCUCUGCCCGUGUCGACUGUCCAUGGCUAUAGAGCGAUGUACGUGCGAUUGAUAGAUCCUGAUGCAAGAAACUUCAAUUUCGCAGACACCGUUAAGACGUUGAUGAUGGCGUUUGACCUCUGGCAAUACGAGGAAGGAACGUGGCCUGGAUUCGUACUCAUAAUCGACAUGGACAUGACUACUUUAGGUCACAUCGCAAAACUAGACCUUAUGACCAUCAAGCAAGUCUUGUUCUUCUUGCAGGAAUGCAUGCUAGUGAGACUGAAAGGGGUUCACUUUCUGAACGCGCCGUUUUUCAUGGACAAAGUUAUGAUGUUGCUGAAGCCGUUCAUGAAGAAAUCUCUGUUGGAUAUAUUACACAUCCACCAGCCGAACUCUGAAGCCCUGUACGAGUACAUCCCCAAAAAGGCUUUCCCAAAAGAAGAGGGGGGAGAGCACAAGGACCACAAUUCUCUAAGAGACGAAAUGAUAGAACGUCUCAAAGUAAACAAGCAGUUCUUCAAGGACGAGAGCCUCCGCCGUGUGAACGAGGCGCUUAGACCUGGUGGCAAGGCCACAGUAGAAGACCUCUUCGGUAUACAGGGUAGCUUUAAGAAGUUGGAUAUUGAUUGA